UGAGGGAUGGAAGAAACGUCACAAUCGCUGUCAUCUUUCUGUCAGGGGGCGGGGCCAACCAUCCUUUGGCGGUAAUGAUGAUGAUGAUGAUGAGGAGGAGUUAGCUGCUGGAGAUGUUUGUUCACUGCCUGUGGACUAAGUAACCAGCUAACAUUGGUCUAUCGAAUCUGAAACACGGCACAUGGGUUGCUGCUCCAUUGGGGAAAAAGACGGCACCACAAGGAUUAUCCCAGUGAAAAAUUACUCCUCAGAUUCAACAAUGGUGGUUUAAAACGGGCAUAGUCUCAGCCUUCCAGUUACACUCCCACCUCCCUUUCUCUUCUCCCAGUCCACAUUCAUUUCUUCAUUUUGUCCAAUAUUGUAUUGCUCUCUUCUUUCUCUUCCUUGUCUCAUUGCCUCUGACCUGGUUCUGCCAGGAAUCAGUCCGUCCUCUUUAUCACUCCUCAUCGCUUAUUUGUUACUUCCACUGAGUUGAGGCUGAAGACUGUAAAUCCCUCGAAAUGGUUGCUGAGGUAGACUCAGGGUCUCAGGGCAGCGGUGUGCGGCUGAAGCAGGAGAUUUCCCUCCUCCAUGGGGUCUGUCUCAUCGUGGGAAAUAUGAUAGGCUCCGGUAUCUUCGUCUCACCUAAGGGGGUUCUUAAGUACACAGGCUCGUUUGGCCUGUCCCUGGUAGUGUGGGCCAUUGGAGGGAUAUUUUCAGUGUUUGGAGCGCUGUGCUAUGCUGAGCUGGGUACUACCAUCCGUAAAUCUGGUGCUUCCUAUGCCUACAUCCUGGAGGCUUUUGGAGGUUUCUUGGCUUUUAUUCGAUUGUGGACGUCGUUGUUGAUCGUUGAGCCUGCUUGUCAGGCAGUGAUAGCUCUGACCUUCUCCAACUACCUGGUUAAGCCCUUCUACCCCAGCUGUCCAGCGCCCUAUGUCGCCGUCCGCCUCAUCGCUGCUGCCAUCAUAUGUCUGCUGACUUGUGUGAACUGUAUGAAGGUGAAAUGGGGUGCUAUUCUUCAGGUCAUCUCCACUGUAGCCAAGGUCCUAGCUCUCAUUGUCAUCAUCAUUACUGGCCUGGUUAAGCUGGGACAAGGCUUUGACCAGAACUUUGAGGACUCAUUCAAAGGCUCCAAACUGGACCCUGGUAACAUGGCCUUGGCCCUCUAUUCAGCACUCUAUUCAUACUCGGGCUGGGACACACUCAACUUCAUCACGGAGGAGAUCAAAAACCCAGAGAGGAAUCUGCCCUUGUCCAUCGCUAUUUCCAUGCCCAUUGUCACUGUGAUCUACAUCUUGACAAACGUAGCUUACUAUGUUGUCAUGGAUGCAGACAAAGUGCUCAGCAGCGAAGCCGUUGCUGUGACAUUUGCAGAUGAGGUGCUGGGCUGGGGUCGAUGGCUGAUCCCCCUGUCUGUGGCCAUUUCCUGCUACGGGGGCCUCAACUCCUCCAUCAUCGCUGCCUCCAGGUUGUUUUUUGUUGGUUCCAGAGAAGGCCACCUGCCUAAUGUGCUGUGCAUGAUCCACAUAAAGCGUUUCACACCAAUUCCUGCCCUGCUUUUCAACGGUGGCAUGUCUCUGUUCUACCUGUCUGUGCCUGAUGUUUUCCAGUUGAUCAACUACUUCAGUUUCAACUACUGGUUGUUCAUCGGCCUGUCAAUAGCCAGCAUGAUCUACCUUCGCGUCAAAGCUCCUGAUAUGCACCGACCUGUAAAGCUGUCUUUGUUCUUCCCGAUUGUCUACUGCUUGUGCAGUGUAUUCCUCAUAGUGGUUCCCCUCUUCAGCGACACCAUCAACUCUCUGGUUGGAAUUGCUGUGGCACUGUCUGGUGUACCAGUCUACUUCAUUUGCAUCCACCUGCCACCCAGCUCCAGACCAGCCUUCCUCAGUAAAAUGCUCAAUAACCUCUCUCUGUACACCCAAAAACUGUGCAUGUGUUGUGUGGCCUCGCCUGAUAUCGACCUGGACAAUAUAGACCCAGAAAAGAUGGAAUGAUGGAGCAACAAAGGCCUUGUGUGAAAUGCUGUAUGGAGGGAUGGGAGAGGAAGAAUGAACACAAAGGAAGUUGUGAGCUGCAGACAAUCAGGAUUUAGAUAAGUACAGUCUGAUUGAUUAAAGAAGGAUGAAGAAACUGGAGAGGUGAGCUCAACACACCUCCUCUCCCCUCACACAUGAGCCAUAUGUAUAAAGGAGAAGGCUUUUGCUCUGAAUGAAUAGUGUACAUGAUAACCC